ACAACCAGUAUUAACAAUAAAUUAAUAACGUAAUCACUGACGUAAAUACAAAGCAAUGCACGUGAUUGUUUAAUUGUUUAUCUUGUUUGUAAAUCUCGAGAUAAGUACACAGGAAUUGUAUUGUGCGGCGUAUUAACAGUAACAAGAUAUAAACCCAUGUGAGAUAGGAAGAAAACUAUUUGUAUAUGUUAUAUACAAUCAGACAGCUUAACCGAAGAAUAACUAAUUAUUGUACUUCUUCUUUGGUAAAAUUUACUCAAGUUAAGUUAUUUGGCUGUGCUCAAAUUUCAAAUUAAAUUCAACACUUUUAGGUCAGGUGUUGCGUCUUUAGAAUGCGGUCUGUUGUACUUUUACUUUUAUUGACAUUGAUUUCUCAAAAGAGUCAAAGUGCGGUAGGACUAAGACAAGUAGGAGAUAAAGCUGGUUUUAGUAGAGAGCUGAAUAUGAUACUAAAUCCUGAUUGUGAUUUGCCAGAAUGCAAGGGAGAAGGUAGCCAUUUCAUUAACCUAGUCCAUGUUUCAGCAAAAGGUGACUCAGAUGUAAUACAUUAUCUUUGGAGCACUUUUGGGACCCCAUCUGUGUUAAUUGUGCAGACAUCUCUUAAAGCUUCCUUACAAAUAAACUGGGAGAGCCUGCUAAAUGAAUCCGUAGCUGAAGGAAUUAUUCAGUUCUCAGAAAAACCAUACUAUUCCUUUGGUCUCAUCCUAGCACAACUGUGGCAGUUCAAUGAUACAAAGGACACCGGAAAACUUGACAUAAGUACAAAUGAAUCCUUUCCAAUAUCCUUUAUGGAAAUGAGUUGGCAGAACAUCAAUGAGACUAUGACUUGCAGUAGUGAUCAGUGUUCAGUGUCAUUUGAGACAUCUUCUGUUGAUACAGAUUACUUCUUGCCCAAUGGUUCUUUUUCAUUUCAGAUGACUGCCCAUUCAAAGGAUGGAAGAAAUAAUAUUUUACCUCAUUUGGAGCACACAGCCAGUAGUUCUCAACUUAAUAUAGUGUUGAAUGAAAUGAAAUCACAUUUUACUGGCAGUCGCUUUGCUUUAGAGUUUCUAUUUUUCUCUUCUGACGUUUCACAUGAAAAUAUUGAUCCUAUAGCAAUAGAGAGCAGAAAGUCUGUUGAUGAUGAGUACACACCUGGUGUUUUCAAAAGAUAUGUCUUGACAACUCCAUCUAGCCGUUCUAAUGGUUCUGGAGGUUAUUUACAUUGGAAGCCUGUUUGCUACACUAAUUACAAAAGAACAAUAGCUCAUUCAUCUGAUUCUAGUACCUAUGGGAUACAGUACACCAAUACCUCACAACCCUUUAGUAUUGUAAAAGCAUUUUUUGGACCUUCUGAUAACAAUUCUAUGUCAGCAUUUAAUGUUUCUUUUGGCUCUGCUGGAGAUGGAUUUUACUUAAAAACUAACUACACUUCAUGGUCAGUGGCAAUUGGAUAUGGCAGAGCCCCUCCUGAAAGACUGUCACUAAUGGUAAUCCUAAUAAUAUCCAUUGGAGUAGGAGCUCCACUGUUACUUAUGGCUAUAGGAGGACUAUACUUCAUUAUUCAAAAGCUUGCACGUAAAAAAUAUGACUUGCUUUUAAGCAGUUCAUUAACCUGAGUUUGAAGAAGCAGAAAUGAAGUAGAAUUAUUGAAAUAAUCAUGUUGAAAAAUAAAGAAAAGACAGAGAAAUUGUAAACUUCAGUUAAGGUAAUUUAAUAUUAAAAUAUUCCAAUAUCUUAAGUGGAUAACUAUAUACAUACAGUAAUCAUAAUUUUCUGUGAUAAAUAACAUAACUUAGGGAAAGUGUGAUUUUAUUCAUUUUAUUAUAUGUAUUAGCUGUAUAGAACAGAGCAAAAUAUUGCUAAUUAAAACAACUGUGAAGUCUACAAGGAAUAACUUCUGCCAUAAUUUCUCAUGUUAUAGCUUUGGCUAGUAAUGACAGUGUUUUUCAUUUCACAGGUAUAUGUGUGUGUAUGUAUAUUCUAAACUACAUUGAUAAUGUUAAAAUGUUUUUAAGGGAAUUCAGUGUUGGUGAUUUAUUUUAUGUAUAAUAUUUUCUAGUUUGUAAACUCAAAUUAAAAACUCGUAUAUAAAUGUAUAUUGGUGUUUAUAUACUCAUUCAUUCAUAAACAUUUGGUUGAUAUCUUAAUAUCUAAACCAUGUAAUAUCAUAAAAGUUAUUGGAAUACAAAGACAUUUGAUAAUCUGUUUUUGAAAGAUAGCCAUUGCAACAUCAGAAAAGAAGGUUCUAAAAGCUGUUUUACUUGUACUUUUCUUUAAACUGGUACAAACUAAAAAUCUGUUGUGGCUGUUUCAGAUAGUUUAGAUAGUUUUUUCCCUGUUAUAAAGAAUUUCAGUUAACCUGACAAGAUUUUUCUGUAUCGAAUUUAUAUUAUCUUACUUCAGAAAAAGUUACAUGAACCUUAGAAAAAUCUAUAUAUAGUACAUAUUAAAAAGCAUUAACAAAUGUUUUCAGCCUCUUGAGAAAAAUUUAAGUUUAAAUAUAAACACAACUGAGCAUGUUUCCAAGAUGUUUUAUUUAUCUGUUACUUGUUGAAAAUAAUGAAGUUUUGUCAAAAUUGAAUUACACAUUAAAAUAUUCUAUGGAAAUCUAAUGUUGCUGAAAAUUGUAACAUCAGGCUAAUGUUGCACCUGACCAGUCUUUACUGCCAUUCACCAGUAAGUGAUUCUCUAUUCAUAUCUUAUUUCAAAGGUUGCAAUGGCUCCUUUUUGAUGCCAUUUACCCUGAAUUCUUUUUCUAAAACAGGAGCAGUUUUGAAAUAAAGGAAUCAGAAUUAGACCCUGGAAAUCAAUCGCUAGAAGAUAACAUAAUUUGUAGUUUAAAUUUUUUAAACAAUACAAAAUAGAACUUGAAAUUGUCAAAGAAGAUUAAAGGAAAUAAAGGCAUACAAACUUGGCAUCAAUAUUUAUUAUUUAUAGCAUCAGAAUAGCUCAGUUUAAGAAUAAACUUUACAAAAGAUAAUUAUAACUUGUUUGAAUAGAAUGAAAUCGCAUUUAAUUCUGUUCAAAGAGGUGAAUUUGAUAUGGCAUGUUCAACAUUGCUAGUUAUGCUUAAGACAAAAUAAUAAGAAUUUUAACUGAAUAUUUCAUUUUACAUUACAUCAAUAUAUGCUGAUGUACUUGUUGUAAGCUGUAUAUUUUUAAUGUAAUUUGUUUGUUAGCUAGUUAGAUCUGGAUUUUAAUGAUAGCAUUAAGAUUGGAAGGUUUAGUAAGCUUAAAAAUUCUAGAAACUUAAGGCUGUGACUUGAGGUUUCUAGCAUAUUUAGAAAUACAUUACAAAUACAAAAUUAUUUUGAAGAAAGAUUGAUUUUCAAGAUAGAGAGUAAAUCAGUUAAGGUGUGAGCUGUCACAUCUAACUUGAACAAGUGGAUUUUAGUUGAAGUAAUUUGUAAUGUACGCCUACAACCAAUUUAUAGUUACAGAAGGAAAUAAACUCAUUUGUUAUACUUUA